AUCGCAUAAACUUCGUCUUCGUACAGUUGUCGAUGACUGGUCGUCUAUUCAAAAGAUGAACAAACGGUUAUUUCGUAGACAUAUGAUUCUUUUAAAAGGUGAGUUUUUACCCACAAAUUAUCAUAAAUAAACAUGAAAUAAACUAAAGAACCAAAAUAGCGCUGGGCUCGUUCCUGUCGUGAAAAUAUCAACGCAGAUGUUGACAAGGCAAAGUGGACCUGGGUCAAGGAAGGAAGGAAACGAAAAGACACUGUCACUGGUGUUGCAUGUUGAUCCCCGACUCAAUGGAAGGUGUGCCGUAUAAAGUAUUCGAUUUGUUGGACUCCUCCGAUUCUUCAAUAGAAUUGUUUCUUCCUGAACAGCGUGGCAGUGAACACGUAUCAUAGAAUGACACGGACACAGUAGACUAAUCAUGAACAAUACACCGCCCAACCUUUGACUGUUGCUGCGUGUAGAAUGAAAGGGGUUGGACCAGCCUUCAUCUCUGAGGGUGCUACACGUGUACAAAUGUGACUGAAAUAUGAAUAUAAUAGAGCAGUUUAGGUGGGCUGGGUCGUGUUUGUGUGGGGAGGCAUUGCAGUGUGUUGUGUUGAUAUAAAGAUCUAGUCCAGUCCAUCGAGAUUGCCUUUUAUUUUAGCCUUGAACAUUGACAUGAAAUGAUUCAUGUUGAGUAUUUAAUUUACCUUCAUCAUUGAUUGUUUUAUGUCUGCUACUGCUACUCAAUUUCUCUGAAGAUGCAGCCAGUAUUGGCUUGUAUUAUCAAAGGUAUGGGCAACCGGUACUUUCAUAUUGCCACAGCCAUACUACUUAGCCUUGUGAUGAUGGGGUCUCGGGUUAACUCAACAGAAGUAAGCGAACACACCAUGAAACUUGCCAGGGCCAAUAAUGAAUUUGCCGUCAAUCUGUACAAAGCUCUCAGUGAAACCCAUCCAGACCAAAAUCUCUUCUUCUCUCCGCUUAGUGUCUCUACCGCUCUAGGAAUGACCCAUCUAGGAGCCAGAGGAACAUCCUCAAAGCAGAUGAGGGAGGUGCUUCGCUUUGAUCUCCUAGAAGAAGAGCAUCUCCAUGCCUCUUUUAAGCAACUCAAUGCUCUUCUUUAUGAAUCUUCAAGCAAGUACACACUGAAAUCUGCCAACAAGCUCUUUGGAAAAGCUGGCGCUGAAUUCCUUCAAGAGUUCCUGGACAAUACUAGCAAUUUCUACAACUCUGCAUUGGAAGCAGUGAAAGAUUUUGCAGCUCCAGAGGCGAGGAAAGGAAUUAAUGAUUGGGUGGCCAAGGAGACAGAGAAUAAGAUCCAGAAUCUCAUACCAGAUGGGAUUCUAAACUCUCUCACCGAGCUAGUCCUGGUAAAUGCCAUUUACUUUAAGAGCACCUGGGAUCAGGCCUUCGACAAUGAAAGCACCAAGUCAGGAGUUUUCAAGAUGGAGCAAGAAACUGCACAUCUUCGAAUGAUGCAGAAAGAAGGAGAGCCCAUGAUGACAGAUGACAAGACUAGGAGAUGUUUUGUCUUGGAGAUGCCCUAUGAUGGCAAUGACCUGAGUAUGUUGGCCAUCCUACCUUGGGAUGAUGAUGGCUUAGAACGAGUGGAGGAACAAUUGACCAUGGAGGCUCUAGACUUCUGGGACAGUGACCUUGAGCCAGAGCAAGCAAUGUACUGGUUUCCAAGAUUUAAGCUAGAGGACACCUUCAGUCUGUCUUCCAUUCUUCAAUCGAUGGGCAUGACUGACCCUUUUGAAGGUGGCAAAGCCGAUUUCUCUGGCAUCACAGGGGACCAGUCUCUCCAUAUCUCUGAAGUAAUCCACAAAGCUUUUGUGGAGGUGAACGAAGAAGGCACGGAAGCAGCGGCUGCUACGGGAGUCACCAUGAUGAAAAGGUCGUUGGGUAAGCGAUACAGGCUGAGGUUUGAUCAUCCAUUCCUGUUCCUGAUCAGAGAUCGUAGGACCAAGGCAGUCCUGUUCCUGGGACGACUGGUUGACCCCCCUCAUGAAACAAGGGUUCCUCAUGAGGAGUUGUGAAGAAACUAUAAGUUUUAAAUCAAAGGAAAACAUCGAAUGGGCUUUCAUGAAAUGAUUAGAUGUCUUGGGAACAAAUGUUAAACAUUUUCAUGCCAGAGUGAGACCAGGGACCUGUUACACAAACAGUUGCAAUCAAACACAACUCUAAAAUCAUGCUCAACUUGAUAAUUUAACCAAUCAAAAGCAUGCAUUUUGGAUUUGCGCUUGAUUUUCUUGACUCGCACUUAAACGCAACUAUAUCUGCAACAGGACCCAGUCCGAUCUAUUUUUUAAAUAUGUAUGUAUAUUACAGACCACCGCUGGCAUAUGUACUGUAUCAGGAACUUGAGUACGUAGCUUUGUGAUUGAUUGUAGCAUUGAUUUGUAUAUUUGGUCUCUCAUCAUCAUCAAGCGUAAAAAUCAGGGUCGUUUCAUAAAGCUGUUCAUAAGUUCAGAGUGACUUUAAAACGACUGGUGAUCCUUUCUUGUGGUAAAUGAUAUUCACCAUUAUAUGUUCAUUGUUGAUUAUUUAGAAAGGUUUUUAGCAAGGUUCACCAGUCAUUCGUAAAGUCGCUCUUAACUUAUGAAAGGUUUAUUAAACACCCACCUGGAUACAGUAUGGACUUAUUUUCAUAUCAAUUUUAUGUUGAAAAUUUGAAAUAAAAAUAAAUGUUUAAUAAGAGUUCCAUGAAAUAAAUCAUUAAUACUUUACUGGAUAUGGGGUAUACUUCAAAAAAUCUCCAUGAGAUAUCUGUAAUCAAUUUUAUGUUGAAAAAUAUUUUUUAAAUGUAAAAUAAAAAAAGAAAUGUUUAAAGGGCAAUAAAAAACUUUGGAAUAUGUGGGCUUGUGUGGAAACAGAAAAAUCAAAGAAUAAGAUCAUAGAAAAUUUGAGAAAGUCGGACAAAUAAUGAGAAAGUUAUCAGCAUUUAAAUAUUGCAAUCACUAAUGCUAUGGAGAUCCUCCCAUUGUCAAUGCGGCAAAGAUGUGUGAUGUCACAUGUGAACAACUUUUUGCUCUUUCUUAUGGUGAUACAAACUAUUUAUCCCUAAUGCAUUCUUUGAAAAUCUAUACUACAUGCCCUCCUAUUAAAAGAAUACAUGAUCUACUAAUAGAUGUGAGAAAAGAGGCAGUUUAAGUGAAACAUAGACAAAAGUAGGCCUAAUGGCAAAGUUGUUCGCAUGUGACAUCACACAUCUUUGUCGCAUUGCCAAUGGAUGGAUCUACAUUACAGUAAUGAUCUAAACUUCAAAUGCUCAUAACUUUCUUAUUAUUUAUUAAAUUUUCCUCAAACUUUCAUUGAUCAAUUUGUUUCUUUGAUUUUUCUGUUUUUGCACAAGCUAUCUUAUUCCGAAGGUUUUAUUUUCCUUUUAAGAGUUGCAUAAUCACAAUCAUAAAUCAUAAAUAUUGGACAUGCUUCCAACGAUCUCCUUGAGAUAUCUAUAGGCCGACAUAUCCAGGGGCAGAGGGCCACCGCCUAUCCUCAUGAGUCUAAACCCCCAAAUUGCUAACCCACCUUUGUACCAAGUGCCCCCACCUUCCCCUGUAGGUAUAUUUUUCAGAAUUCAUUUUUUCAUAAUCUCAUUGGCAAACUUUUUGGUAUUAAAGUAAUACCUAAGGAAUUUCAUUUUUUUCUAUGCUUCAUCUUUUCUUGAAUCCCUGAACCCUCCUUUGCUUCGAGCAUUACUGGUUGAUGCUUAGAUGCAAUAUCAGAGUGCUCUUUUAGAUAAUAUCAUUCAGUGAUAUGAAAUAAUCGCUUAGAUAAAUCAGAAUAAUGUAUAUUUUUAUGAUUGUAAUGCCUGGUUAUUUCUGCGUUACAGGUUUCAUGGAUUAGAUAUUGUAUUAGUAACAGUGUAGUAAUGGUAUUACAUUUGGAAGGCUGAUUAUAUAACAUAUGAAGUAGUGUCGAAGUGGACGCCUUUUAUGAAUUCAUCCUCAAAUGGUCCUGACAGAAUAACGCAGCUUGAAAAUAAAACUUUAGAAAGUGUAGAAAUAGUCUGCAUUAUUAGUUUUAUGAGUUCAGCAAGGAGAAACUAUCGCUUAUCGUCAUGAAAAGUCAGUGUAGUGCAUGUGCAUGGGAAACCAGACCUUUGACCGCAAUUAAGCUGCACUUUUCGAGAAUUCCAUUAAUGAAUUUACAAAUUGGAUUGGAUUCAAAUCGAGUGUGGCUCAAAUUCUCAAAGGCGAACUCAAAUAUGGUUUAUUCCGGUGCUCAAUCUUACAUGGAUGGAAAUAAUCUGCAGAUGAACUGGUGAUGAGACGUAGUGAUGAUUAGACCAAAUGGAUAUUGGACCAAAUAGUUGUUAGACAGAGUGGACGAGUUGGAAGUAGAUGAAUUCGCAAUUUACCCAUGUAAAUCCUGGGUUUAUGUGCCUUCUAGAUUAGGGGUAAAGUAAACAGACUUGAACAGCUGGGAAUGGAGUAUUAUUAUAUCAUUUUUAGUUGGCAAUUUUUUUUAUAUUAAUUUUGAACUUUAUUGGGAGGCUGGCGUCUGGAAAACCAUACAUUCAGACUUCGGAAUUUCAAAUGAAAAAAAAUCCACAAUAAAUAAUAUUUGAAGAUAAUUAUGUGAUAUGUAUUAUAUUACUAGUAUUGAAGUUGAGUAGCAGAAAAGUUCAAAGCUUGUAAAGGAUUACUUAGUUUGGAAAAUGAUGUGACACCUAUUGUUUCAUGAAGACAUACUGUACAAUCAUGAUAAUGUUGUCAUUGUGGUAAAUACCAUGGAAACCUCAAUUUUGAUUGGCUGCAGAGCCCUGUUACCAUGGUAUUAAAUACCAAAGUAACUGUGUUAUUGUAGUUCUUUAUGAAUUAGGUCCAUUGUUUCUGUAAAAUAUUUCUUAUUUUGAAUACUUGUAUUAUUGAAUGUACUUGGGGUUCUGAAAUAAAAGUAUAACCAUGAUGCAAUCUG